AUGCAACUACCCAAAGAUUUCUCGCAGGACGGCCACUCGAUCAUCUUGGCACUGCGCAUAAGCGCCGUGCUGAGCUCGCUUAUUGCCUUAAUUGUUUUUGCCUGGGCCACCCAAGCCCAUAAGAGUGUCUAUACCGACUUCAAUGGCUCUUCUAUGUGCCUCAUAGUCAUGAUAACUGCAAGUGAUCGUCGGUGGAGCCCAGCCCUGAUUCAUUUACUGACGCUCGGUCGGCUUCCCCUAGGUGGCCUAUGCUUUUGCCUGGUCUACGGUCGCAUUGAUCGUACGACUACUGUUCAAUCGACCCCUGCAUGCGGGCAUAUACCUUGCCCUGGACUUCCUCGCAUUUGGCGCCGUGGUGGGUUCGACCAUCUCCUUGCUGGCGAUGUUGGAGCCAUACGGAAUGGACUACCAGUGCGUCAAGGCCCCGUGCGCGGCGAACGUCGGCCAGGUGCAGGCGUUUGGGGCCGCCAUUGCCCUUUUGGAUGGGGCGCUGCAUUUGGCGCUGUUUGUCUGGGCGUGCUGGGCGUGUCGUCGAUCGACGAGGAAGACGCAGGGGCGGAAGAGGGUGGACGAGCCUUAAUUUCCUUCGUUCGUGUGUUUUUGUUGCAGCUGGCGCUGGGUUGA